AUGUGGUUUUCGCCGAGGACAAGUCGUACCCCCUUGCAGAACUGGCACGGAUCCCAGAGUUGCCAAAGUACCAUCUUGCCCCUGUGGCUAUUAACAUUUUGCUGGUGCUUUGCGGCAGUGAAAGGUCAAAGCUACUACCCCACUGUCAACACACAGUAUGGCAAACUCCGAGGGAUGAGGGUGCCUCUGCCCAGCGAGAUUCUCGGCCCGGUGGACCAAUAUCUCGGGGUCCCCUAUGCUGCCUCCCCAGUGGGGGAAAAACGUUUCAUGCCCCCAGAGCCUCCAUCCUCCUGGUCGGGGAUCAAGAAUGCCACCCACUUUGCUCCGGUGUGCCCCCAAAAUAUCCACAACGCCGUACCAGAGAUCAUGAUGCCCAUAUGGUUUACCUACAACCUGGAUAUAGUUACCACUUACAUACAGGAUCAACACGAGGAUUGUCUUUAUCUAAACAUCUAUGUUCCAACUGAGGAUGUUAAAAGAAUAUCCAAGGAAUGUGCCAGGAAACCCAACAAGAAAAUGUGUAGAAAAGGAGGGGCCCAUGCAAAAAAACAAGGUGACGAUUUAUCGGAUAACGACGGUGAUGAAGAUGAAGACAUACGAGACACCGGGGCCAAGCCUGUGAUGGUCUACAUCCACGGGGGAUCCUACAUGGAGGGCACAGGCAAUAUGAUUGAUGGCAGCGUCCUGGCCAGCUAUGGGAAUGUCAUCGUUAUCACCCUCAACUACCGUGUUGGAGUUCUUGGCUUCCUUAGUACUGGAGACCAGGCUGCUAAAGGAAACUACGGGCUGCUAGAUCAGAUCCAGGCAUUGAGAUGGAUCAGUGAGAACAUCGGCUUCUUCGGAGGGGACUCUAACCGCAUCACUGUAUUCGGUUCUGGCAUCGGAGCUUCCUGCGUGAGCCUGCUAACCCUUUCCCACCACUCUGAAGGUCUCUUCCACCGAGCCAUCAUUCAGAGCGGCUCAGCGCUGUCCAGCUGGGCAGUGAAUUACCAGCCGGUCAAGUAUACACGUCUCCUGGCAGAGAAGGUGGGAUGUAAUGUCCUGGACACGUCAGACAUGGUGGACUGCCUUAGGAAGAAAAGCUCCAGGGAGCUGGUGGAGCAGGACAUACAACCUGCAAGGUACCACGUGGCAUUUGGCCCUGUGAUCGAUGGCGACGUCAUUCCGGAUGACCCUGAGAUCCUGAUGGAGCAGGGUGAGUUCCUCAACUAUGAUAUUAUGCUGGGAGUCAACCAAGGCGAGGGGCUGCGCUUUGUGGAGAAUGUGGUGGACUCCGAGGACGGCGUGUCUGGAAAUGACUUUGAUUUCUCUGUAUCGGACUUUGUGGACAGUUUGUACGGAUACCCUGAGGGCAAAGACACUCUGAGGGAGACCAUUAAGUUCAUGUACACAGACUGGGCGGACAAAGAAAACCCAGAAACCAGGCGUAAAACCCUGGUAGCACUGUUCACUGACCACCAGUGGGUGGAGCCGUCGGUGGUAACAGCAGAUCUUCACGCUCGCUAUGGCUCACCCACCUACUUUUAUGCCUUCUACCAUCACUGCCAGAGUCUCAUGAAGCCUGCCUGGUCAGAUGCUGCGCACGGAGAUGAGGUUCCCUAUGUUUUUGGGAUUCCAAUGAUCGGUCCAACUGACCUUUUCCCCUGCAAUUUCUCAAAGAAUGAUGUCAUGCUCAGUGCUGUGGUAAUGACCUACUGGACCAACUUUGCUAAGACAGGGGACCCCAACAAACCAGUUCCCCAGGACACUAAAUUCAUCCACACCAAGGCUAACCGCUUCGAGGAGGUAGCUUGGUCCAAGUACAAUCCCCAGGACCAGCUGUACCUUCACAUCGGCCUAAAACCGCGGGUGCGCGACCACUACCGAGCCACCAAAGUGGCCUUCUGGAAGCACUUGGUGCCCCAUCUGUACAAUCUUCACGACAUGUUCCACUACACCUCCACCACCACCAAAGUGCCCCCGCCGGAUACCACGCAGAACACCCUGUCCACCAAGAGGCCCAACGGUAAGACCACCUGGCCAUUUAACACCAAGCGACCUCCCAUGUCUCCAGCCUACAACAGCGAAGACAAAGACAACUGGAGCGACGACAAGGAGUCUGGGCCUCUGGUGGUGGAGAACCCGCGGGAUUACUCCACCGAGCUCAGCGUCACCAUCGCGGUGGGGGCCUCCCUGCUCUUCCUCAACGUACUGGCAUUCGCCGCCCUCUACUAUCGCAAAGACAAACGGCGGCAGGAAUCCAGCCACGGCCAACCCAGCCCGCAGCGCCAGACCACCUCCAACGACAUCGGGCACCACGCGCCCGAGGAGGAAAUCAUGUCGCUGCAGAUGAACCAGACGCACCACGAGUGCGAGGCGGGGAACAGCAACGACGGGGCGCUGCGCUUGGCCUCGCUACCCGAUUACACGCUCACUCUGCGGCGCUCUCCGGACGACAUUCCCCUCAUGACGCCCAAUACCAUUACCAUGAUCCCUAAUUCCUUGGUGGGCAUGCCAAACCUGCACCCUUACAACACCUUCACGACGGGAUUCAACUCCACAGGCCUGCCGCACUCCCACUCGACCACGCGUGUAUAG